AAUCUCAUCAUUUUGGGCCUGACUCACGGCUUUUGAAUGUUUGGGAUGGGCAGCCAAGGGGGAAAGUAACUUUGCUCAGCACAAGCAGAGCGUCCGGGCAGGAGGGACGGACAUCUGUGCAGUGACAAGGCGACAGAGGGGGCCGUCAUCCUUCCUGCGGCUCCUCUCCAUCCUCGGCAGGGCUCUCGGCGCUCCCGGAGCCGCCAGGACAGGUGAGCUGCCCCCGGAGCCCCCAGGAUGGCGCAGGAGGCAGCCCCCGUGCUGCUGGUUGUCCUUGCCAGGCUGGUGUCCUCCACGUGGCACGAAGGCUCUGGCUACUACCUGGAGAGUCACACCAACGAGGUGUACGCAGAAGAACCGCCCCCCGAGCCCGCCCUGGAUUACCGCCGAGUGCCGCAGUGGUGCGCCACGCUCAGCAUCCACCGCGGAGAGGCCACGUGCUACUCGCCGCAGGGCAGCCGGGGCUACCGCCUGCUGGGGCCCAGCGCCGUGCAGUGCCGGCCCAGCCGCCGCUGGUCCGGGAUGGCCUACUGCCGACAGAUCCGGUGCCACGUGCUGCCGGCGGUGCUGCGGGGCUCCUACGUGUGCUCGGCCGGCGUGCAGAUGGAUUCCCGCUGCGACUACUCCUGCCUGCCCGGCUACCAGCUGGAGGGCGACCGCAGCCGCGUCUGCAUGGAGGAUGGGCGCUGGAGCGGCAGCGAGCCAGAAUGUGUAGAUCUGGAGCCUCCCAAGAUCCGCUGCCCGGAGUCCCGGGAGCGCAUAGCAGAGCCAGGCAAGCUGACUGCCACCGUCUACUGGGACCCUCCCCGCGUCAGGGACUCUGCUGACGGUGUCAUCAAGAGGGUGAUGCUGCGGGGCCCGGAGCCCGGCUCGGAGCUCCCUGAAGGAGAGCAUGUGAUCCGCUACACCGCCCACGACCAGGCUUACAACAGAGCCAGCUGCAAGUUCCGCAUCCGCGUCCAAGUGAGGCGCUGCCCUGUGCUGAAGGCCCCGCAGAACGGGUACAUCUCCUGCACCUCCGACGGCAACAACUACGGCGCCACCUGCGAGUACCAGUGCGACGGGGGCUACGAGCGCCAGGGCACCUCCCUGCGGGUCUGCCAGUCCACCCAGCACUGGACGGGCUCCCAGCCCCUCUGUGCACCCAUGCAGAUCAACACAGAUGUGAACUCAGCCGCCAGCCUGCUGGACCAGUUCCACGAGAAACGGCGCCUCUUCAUCAUCUCAGCCCCUGACCCCUCUAACCGCUACUACAAGAUGCAGAUGUCCAUGCUGCAGCAAGCUGCCUGCGGGCUGGACCUGCGCCACGUCACCACGGUGGAGCUGGUGGGGCAGCCCCCGCACGAGGUGGGGCGCAUCCGGGAGCACCGGCUGGCCCUGGGCAUCAUCGAGGAGCUCAGGCGCUUCCUGCACCUCACCCGCUCCCACUUCAACGCGGUGCUGCUGGACAAGGCGGGCACGGACCGCGAGCGCUACAUCGCCCCGGUGAGCCCCGACGAGCUGUUCGUGUUCAUCGACACCUUCCUGCUGAGCGAGCGGGAGGCGGCGCGGCGGGCUCAGGGCGGGGACCCCUGCGAGUGAGCAGCGCCGGGACAGCCCCCACUGCCCUCCGGGCACGGACACCUUCCUUUCUGCUUUUCUAGUCGCCCACUGUAGAGGAGGAGCAGGGUGCCAAGGAGCUCCGGGGAAGGG